AUGGCAGUGCUGGAUGAGUUUGGGUACAAAAACCACGUGCACUUCACAACUGACCAUGCAGCCAACAUGAUCUCUGCCUUCAAAGAGCACGAUUGGGACGGAUGUGUCUGUCAUGCCAUAAACUUGGCGGUGACAAAGGCCACAAAAGAAGACAUAAGAGAUUGUCCAAUUCGCACGAUCUUGGACAGCACCAAGCGGAUGGUGAAGUUCGCGAAGAAAAGUGGCCUCAACAAGGCACUUUCUUCAGCUGUGAAACAGAGUGUUCCAACUCGAUGGAACUCGGACCUCAUCAUGCUGGAGUCUGUGCUUGCCAUCUAUGAUGAGCUGAAAGACUUCAGACACAGGCAAGAGGUGGACGAUUUUCUUAUGGUCGUCUCUCCGUCUGAGAUCACCGACCUGACGGAAGUGUUGUCAUUUUUCGGUUCCGUGAGCGCUCAGCUGGAGAGCGCAAAGACGCCCACUGGAAAUCUGGUACCCGUCGUGUACCAGUUGGCGAUGCGUCAUCUCAGUCCUGAGGCGCAGGACAGCCGGAUGAAGGCCGCCUUCAAAUCUGUGCUUCUGGAGGCUGCGCAAGAGAAGGUGUCCGUGUCGCCAUGGCACCUUCUCUGCGCUGCCCUCCAUCCAAAGUACCGAACACUGAAACAGUUCAGCUUCCUUCAGGAGCCACAGCGGGUUGCGGUACGAAAUGCCAUGACGGAGGCGGCAGCGGCCGAAGCAGACGCGGUGCGGCAGCAGCCACGACGCCGACCGCAGGAGGCGGGCCCUUCGAGGGUCCUCGUCCAGCUGGAGCUGGAGGAUGUCGAUGACCCGCUCCCGCUGGAAGCAGUCGCAACGCCCAGCGACAGCAAGUGCCGGGCGGCACGGGAAGUGGACCGCUACAUGGAGACUCACCCUGGUGCAGUGGACGACGUCCUCCAGUUCUGGCGCACCCACUCAAACGUCUACCCCAUGCUGUCGAGGGUCGCACGACGGCAGCUAGGAGCGCCAGCCGCCAACACCGCUUCGGAACGAGCCAACUCGUUGGCAGGGCGCACGCUGGACGAGCGUCGCGCCCGUCUCUCGGCCGAAUGUGUCGACGCUCUGCUGUUCAUCAAACAGAACCGGGACCUGGUGAGCUCGAACAUGGGCAUGGCUACUGUAGUCGACUUGGAGUAA